UAUCAUUUUCCACUAACACCAUAUAUAGAAACCAAACUCAACAAGGAAACUCAAAAUUUUCUCACAUAACCACCAAACAAUGGAGUUCCCACACUCCCUUCAAUGGCAAUACGGCAUCCCUUCUCACCUUCUCUUUCCCUACAAUUUCAUCCCUGAAAACCAUGUUCACUGGACAGAAACCCCUGACUCUCACAUAUUCUCAGCUGACAUCCCUGGUGUGAAGAAAGAGGAGCUUAGAGUGGAGGUUGAGGACUCAAAGUACCUCAUAAUCAGAACUCAAGCAGUGGAUAAAUCCACAGAACCUGCGAGGAAGUUUGAGAGGAAGUUUAGGCUGCCAGGGAGGGUUGAUCUUGAUGGCAUCUCUGCAGGGUAUGAAGAUGGAGUUUUAACUAUUACAGUUCCAAGAUCACUUAGUAGAGGUUUCUACAUUGACCCUUCUGAUGUGCCUGAGAAUUUGGAAGUUCUUGCAAGAGCUGCUUAAUUGAAUGAAUGAAUGGUCCUUGUUUUAAUUAGGAACUACCAUUUACUGAUUGUGAUUGAUUCUUCUAGGUUCUAAGGAAAUUAAUUAAUGAAACAUUGGUUAUGGUGUCUUUGCGUGAUUUGGGCCAUGUUCUUCUUAUCUGAGUGAUUCUUGUGUACAAAAUGAUUGUGGAUUGUGAUCCAAUUGUGUUCUAUUAUUUUCAGAAGUAACAUGGAUCCAAGACUUCAACUCGCAGA